CGAAAGUCUUGUACCGCCAGUGUCUGGGCGCCGCCCUCUGUUAGGGCGCAAGUGGUCACCAACCAGCCAGCCGCCCGCUCCAUCAACUCUCCAGCUCGGAUUGGACACGCAACCACCUCGUCCUCCCAUCCAUCCGUCUUCCUGCCCUCUCUCCCGCAAAUACUAGCUCGCGACGACCUGUCACGACACCCUCACAUCCCUCCCCUCGGGCGCUUGCGCGAUAACCGCUUCUGGAUCUGACUCCCGACCGGCAGCCCCCAGCUCAAUCACCCCCGCCCGUCACGACGUUCUCGACGUCACAGACGGGCUCUACGAACGGCCGGCCGAUCACGACAGCCCCGAUUCGUAUCCAACCUGUUGCGUUCUACUCGAUUACGCUCUUUCUUCAUCGUUGGCCACGACCACUGUCCUUCAUGGUCGAUCCCUGACGAGCACGACGACCUGCGACUCCUCUUCUGCGAUUUCUGUUCGUGCGCGCCCGUGCCUCCUCGCUCUUUCUACUCCCGCGCCGCGCAACAUUCCGCUCGUUUCCGUCCGACCUCCCCCGCCGAAGGCGCGUACCGUCGAUAGCUCUGGGGCCUAGCACGAGUAGCACGACCGAACCGCUUGCUUCUACUACUGCAAAUCUGCGCCCGCUAUCAUCGUCGCGAUGAUUGAAGACAAAUAUGUCGGCCUCGCGCUGGCCAUGUGCUCGGCGUUAGCCAUCGGCACAAGUUUUGUCAUAACGAAAAAGGGUCUUAUACAAGCAGAGGAGCGACACGGAUUUGAAGGGGAGGGCUUCGUCUAUCUCAAAAACCCACUGUGGUGGGCUGGCAUUGCCACCCUCGGCGUUGGUGAGGUUUGCAAUUUCGCUGCAUACGCCUUCGCGCCAGCCAUUCUCGUCACUCCGCUCGGCGCCCUCAGCGUUCUCAUCGGUGCUGUCCUUGGAUCCUAUUUCCUGAAAGAGGAGCUGGGAACGCUGGGCAAGCUGGGCAGCGCCAUCUGCCUCAUUGGCGCUGUCGUGAUUGUUCUCCAUGCGCCGCCUGAUGAGGAGAUUGAAACCAUAGACCAAAUCCUGCAUUAUGCAAUCCAGCCUGGCUUUCUCUUGUACGCUAUCUGCGUUGUUGGAUUUGCCGUCUUUAUGAUCUACAGAAUCGCGCCGGUCUAUGGAAAGAAGAACGCUCUAAUCUAUCUUUCUAUCUGCUCAACUGUCGGCUCCAUCUCCGUCAUGUCUGUCAAGGCUUUUGGCAUUGCCCUGAAGCUCACAUUCGCCGGCAACAACCAGUUCAGCCACCCAUCAACCUACGUCUUCCUAAUCUUGACCGCGGUCUGCAUUCUCACCCAAAUGAACUACUUCAACAAAGCAUUGGCCACGUUUCCGACCAAUAUCGUCAACCCACUGUAUUACGUGACCUUCACAACAGCCACGCUGUGCGCCUCAUUCAUCCUCUUCAGCGGCUUCAACACGACCGAUCCUGUCAACACGCUAUCGCUUCUUUGUGGCUUCCUUGUCACCUUCACCGGCGUCUACCUGCUCAAUCUGUCUCGCGGCGAUCCCAACGGCCAGAAGCUCGUCGCCGGACGCGGCGGCCUAGAUGCCACACCAACAGACAUGGUUUCCAGCUUCCAAACUCGGCGGAGCAUGCAGUCGCGAAGGAGCGGCGAUCCCGCUCGACACAGCAUCGGUAGCAUCCACGGGGACAGGGAGGGUUUGAUUCGGGCAUACGAUGAGGAGGAGGCUGCGGGUUUCGGCCUUACUGAUUUGGCGGAAGAGAGCGACGACAACACGGGCCGAGCCAAUGGCCGAACGAACGGCAAAAAGGAGCAUCGUAACAACGACAUUGAACUGGAAACCAGGAAGUCGGCGGAGAGAUAGUCGCGCGUGGACUAUACUUCGUUCACGCAACAGCGGACCGAGGCCAAAUGAGCCCUCGCGCACUGCGUUGUGUGAGCAAAGGGUGUUUCUUUACUUUGCAUGGGGCACCACUCCCGCACUGUACAUUUCCGGAAGCCAUCUUGGAAACAUGGUUCGCAGGUCGACAUCACAAAUGGCACGUCAGCACGAUCGACUUACCCGGCCUUGUACUUGUGCAUACGACGAGAGACGACCUGCACGUGUCUGCCUACUUGCUACGAGGAGUAUCUUUUCGGUCAGGCCAGGGACGGAAUCCACAAUGGGGUGGGUUAGGCGUUAAAAGUGUUAAGGUUCAUCUCGAUCGGCCGCUGAUUAUUUUGUUGCCCUAUCCUGCCUAUGAUGACGCUCCUCCUCGUGUGCUUCACACGAGAGGCACGUGAAUGGACAUUCACCCUGUUGCGUGCGCGUUGGGGGAGAGUGUUUUACCGUGGGGCUUUUUGAUGCCUCGUGUACGAUGGCGUGGACGUUGAGGCGUCUUUUGUGGAGGGCUGCUGCCACGAAGAGAAACAGACUCGGGGAGCGCAUGGCAUAUGUGACGCACUUUUGAAGGCGACGGCGGCAUGACUGGCUGCGGCUGUUGCUUUCUGCUCUACUUCGACACCCACGUAGGGGUACAGACGUUCGUAGACGUGUCUUGAAUUGAGGGAACAAAAAGAACAUUGUCACGAAAAAAAAAAUGGCCUCCUUAAAGUUGGUUGCGGGGUAGGUCGUCUCGGUUCAUCAGAUUCUCAGGUCUCAUUCCAUUUUGGUGGC